AAAUUGAAAAAAAAAAAAAAAUUUUAAAAAAUAAAUAAAGAAUAGAAUUCAAAAAAAAUUCGAAAUAAAUAUAGAUGAAAUUUUCCCAAAGCACUUUUACAGUGUAACAAACAAACAAAAAAAAAAUAUAUUUUGCAAUAAUGUUCUUUAAAGCAUGAGCUCAAUUUUAUUGUCAUUGCCUCAACGCUAUAAACGCCAUCUGCAAGCAAUGACUGUCGCUGUUGUUAUCAUUUACACCACUUUGGUGUUUCUGCAAAACUCAUACGGAUAUCCCAGCAUUGAACUUUCACAGAAUCUGCCACAAAAAUUUCAAAACAAAGCUGGCGAAGUGCAAACGCAUCAUUUGAAAUUAUUGCAAUAUGAACAAUCGACGGCCAUCACUUCUCCGUCGCCAUCUGCAGCAGCUUCAUCGCCCGUUUCAUCAUCAUCCGUAUCGACGUUUUCGUCAGCGUCUCAAACAAAACAUGAUUUAACCGUAUCGGCUCAACAGUUACAUCAUCCAAAUUUGCCUGCGUCCUUUCAUCAACCCACCACCGUGAUCAUACGUAAAGAUAUUCACAGUUUUAAUUUUUCUGAUUUGGAAUUGCCCGUCGAACGGCCGACCGCUUCGGCACACUUUAUACGCAAUGGCCAACUGUUACAUGAUUUAUAUCAACGUUCGGUAACUGGGACUCCGAAACCGCCCACAACCGAAUUGGACGAUAUAUUCAUAAGUGUAAAAACUACGAAAAGUUAUCAUGAUAGUCGUUUAGCUUUAAUUGUGAAAACCUGGUUUCAACUGGCUAAGGAUCAGACUUGGUUUUUUACGGAUACAAAUGAUCCAUAUUUUGAAGAGAAGACAAAUGGUCAUCUAAUUAACACAAAUUGCUCGCAGGGUCAUUUUCGCAAGGCCUUAUGUUGUAAAAUGUCGGCCGAACUCGAUGUAUUUCUAGAGAGUGGCAAAAAAUGGUUUUGUCAUUUCGACGAUGAUAACUACGUUAAUGUGCCGCGUUUAGUGAAAUUAUUGGAUGAAUAUAGUCCUUCGGUUGAUUGGUAUCUGGGUAAACCGAGCAUUUCAUCACCUUUAGAGAUUCACUUGGACAGUAAGAAUACAUCGCUGAAUAAGAAAAUAACAUUUUGGUUUGCGACAGGUGGUGCUGGCUUCUGUUUGAGUAGGGCUUUAACAUUGAAAAUGUUACCCAUAGCAGGUGGUGGUAAAUUCAUAAGCAUAGGAGAUAAAAUACGAUUUCCGGACGAUGUUACCAUGGGUUUCAUUAUUGAGCAUCUAUUAAAAGUUCCAUUGACGGUAGUCGAUAAUUUUCAUUCACAUUUGGAACCGAUGGAAUUCAUAAGGCCCGACACGUUUCAAGAUCAAGUUUCGUUUAGCUACGCCCUUAUGAAAAAUCAAUGGAAUGUUAUUAAAAUUGAUGGUUUCGAUCUUAAAGCUGAUCCUCGUCGCUUCUAUUCUUUGCAUUGUAAAUUGUUUCCUUACUUUAGUUAUUGUCCUCACAGAUGAUUCUCUUUUCUUCUUAAAAAUUAAAAAUUAUUUAAUUGUUAUGUAAAUUUUCUUUAAAAUUGUUUCUCCUCUUCUU